AUGUCGACCAAUACUACCCAUGUCGAAUCGCAUUCCAUGAGGCCUCUCAUUCGCGAUGUGCUGGGAAGUAAUCUAUUUCAUAUUCUGUUAUCAACAACAUCGAGGAAGAUUACAAACGGUUUGUCAAUCCACGAUAGUGCUAAAAAAGCAGAUAGUCUACAUUUUGCUAAGAAAAGUCCCUCUCCGCAGACUCUCGAGCUGAUACGCAAGGAUGGCACGAGCUACAGGCAGUCAUCAACCAAUGUCUGA